CGUAGACCACGGAACCAUAGAAGCAGAUUUUUGUCCGUACACUGAAUCCGUACCCGAACCUGAGAUCAACUCGGCGCCCAAGAUCGAGCCUCCAUGGACGAAGAUCCUUUUCUCCGGCAGUACCAGCCGUCGGAACUCAAGAUCGCGUCGGAAUUUCUGACGACCUGGCUUCCUUUCCUUUCUAGAGAUCUCUGCAAGGACUGCGUGCACGUUCUCUCCAAUCGGAUCCGCUCUCUAGACCCAGGAGGAACCAAUACCAAUGUGGAUGAUGGGAAGUCGGCUGGAAGUUCGGAAAACGGUGGAGAUUUGGAUACUCAUUCGUUAGGAAGUUGGAAGGAUGGUGGAAGCAAUAUUUCAGAAUCUGUGGCAGAAACUUCAUCAAGUGCAUUGAUCUCCCAAUCACCUGUUGCUGAAACAGCAAGUCCUAGAAUGUCUUGGGCUGACAUGUCGCAGGAGGAUGAGCUUGAAGAAGAGGAGGAACAAAGGGAAGGAGGAGAAUCGGGUGGACAGGCUGCCGAUGCAAGUCUGUCUCCAGGGGACUUGCCUGUGACAAAGACUCCUGAGAAGCCCAAGUUGUCUAGGGAACAGAGAGAAAAUAUACGGCUCACGAAUGUGAAGAGAAAGAAAGAUUUCAUAUGUUUAGAAAGAGUUAGAGGGAGGAUCGUUAACAUCGUUGAUGGGCUUGAACUGCAUACCGGUGUUUUCAGCGCAGUGGAGCAGAAAAGGAUUGUUGAUUUUGUGUAUGAACUGCAAGAGAAGGGACGGAAAGGAGAAUUGAAAGAGCGUACGUAUUCUGCUCCACAGAAGUGGAUGAGGGGCAAAGGACGUGUGACACUUCAAUUCGGUUGUUGUUACAACUAUGCAACAGACAAAGCUGGAAACCCACCUGGGAUCCUCCAACAUGAAAUGGUGGAUCCAAUUCCUCAUCUUUUCAAGGUGAUGAUUAGAAGGUUGGUUCAAUGGCACGUGCUCCCUCCAACUUGUGUGCCGGAUAGUUGUAUCGUCAACAUAUACGAAGAAAGUGACUGUAUACCGCCUCAUAUUGACAACCAUGACUUUGUCCGACCAUUCUGCACCGUUUCAUUCCUCAGUGAGUGCAAUAUACUAUUUGGGUCAAACCUAAAGGUUGAGGGCCCUGGUGAAUUCUCAGGUUCAUUUGCAAUACCACUUCCCGUCGGAUCAGUUCUCGUUUUGAGCGGUAAUGGCGCUGAUGUGGCUAAGCAUUGUGUACCCGCAGUUCCCACAAAUAGGAUAUCAAUCACAUUCAGGAGAAUGGAUGAAUCAAAACGGCCGGCCGGGUUCGUCCCUGAACCGGAUUUGCAGGGGAUUCAACCACUGCCCUAUGAACCAAACGCAACGAGUAGCUUAAACUCAUCGAGAUUCAGCCACAACGGUUACAACAGAGAAGCGGGUUUGCGGAGAGAAGAAAAGCCAGUGGCGAGGGAUUACCAUCCCGAGAGAGGCAAUCCAUCUUAUGAAUCUCGAGAGUGGUCUACUCAGAGAAGAAGAAGGCCUGGACCUCAAAACCAUGGGAGGAACAAGGUGAAGAAUACACAAUCCUAAAUCUUUUUUUUUUUUAACACAACCAAACUAAAGUUCGUUUCUCUUGUCCUCAUCAUUGGAGUCUCAUCCGCAUUGAACUGCCGCUUCUUGUUUUUUUUUUUUUACUGAUGGUAUAUUCUUUUUUUCCCUCAUUUUUUUUUACCAUUGAGUCAUUUCUUAUUGUGUAAAAUAAUUUAUGUUUUUUCAUAGUUUGAUACGAGUUUCUUAAAACAUGUACUGGAUUUGGAGCUCUACCAUGUGAUGUUGUUGUUCAUGGAGAAAAUAAUGUUCUCUCCCUUUUUUUUUGUA